AUGCCUGUCACGGGAAGCACUGGACCAAUCACGUGGGAUGACGCAACGUGGAUUUUAACAAGUGCCUUCAUCAUCUUCACCAUGCAGUCAGGCUUCGGUCUCCUGGAAGCCGGCUGCGUCUCGUCCAAAAACGAGGUGAACAUUAUGAUGAAAAACGUCGUCGACGUCAUCUUCGGCGGCAUCACCUACUGGGCGUUCGGCUUCGGCUUCAGCUUCGGGAACAGCGAAGGCACGAACCCGUUCUGUGGGAUCGGCUACUGGUUCGUGAACCCGGGCACGGACACGGCGGGGCUCGUGUAUUCAACGUUCGUCUUUCAGCUGUCGUUUGCGACGACGGCCACGACCAUCGUGUCCGGGGCCAUGGCGGAGAGGACGAAACUCAGCGCCUACAUCGUCUUUUCCGCCACGAACAUUUUGACAUACUGCUUCCCCGCUCACUGGAUGUGGGGGACGAAGGGCUUUCUUCUGAGUCUGGGCGCCAUUGAUUUCGCGGGGUCAGGGGUCGUGCACUUGGUGGGAGGGGCGUCGGCUUUCGUUGCCGCCCUGAUGUUGAAACCGAGGCUAGGGAGGUUUGACGGGACCAGGCCUCCGGCGUCAACAAACCAAGUUAACUCUCUCCUCGGCAUGUUCAUGUUGUGGUGGAGCUGGCUGGCGUUUAACUGUGGAAGUACUUUCGGAAUAUCAGGAGGGAAAUGGCAACUGGCAGCUAAAUCGACCGUAACUACAUUAAUAUCAUCUAUGUUUGGUGGCGUUGUUGGCACACUUGGAAGUAUUUUGGUAACCAAGAAAUACUAUAAACCAUCAUACAUCGUCAAUACCGUCCUUGGGUCGCUCGUUUCCAUUACAGGUAUCUGUGCCGUCGUGCGUCCCUGGGAGGCUGCUAUCAUAGGCGUUAUCGGAGGCGUCGUCGCGUUGUGCUGGUCACGCCUUAUGGUGUAUUUCAGAAUUGAUGACCCCGUCGACGCCGUCGCAAUACACGGAGCCUGUGGUCUGUGGGGUCUUUUAGCUGUCGGCUGUUUUGCGGACACGGAUCCGUUUGAAGAUGUGACGAUGGGUCGUACAGGUUUGUUUCACGGAGGAGGGGCGUAUCUGAUGGGAGUUCAAACCCUGACAGCGGUCUGCCUGACGUCCUGGUCAGUGCUGGUCACAUACAUCCAGCUUUAUGUUAUCGAUAAAGCAAUCGGUCUGCGAAUGUCUCCAGAGGACGAAGAACUAGGCGCCGAUAUUGUUGAACACGGCAUCGUGUGCAGAUCCGGAAAGGGGAACAAUGAAACGGGACACAGCAGCUCUGAGACUAACAUCAUGUUUUCCUCCCGACACCUUGCAGCUAACAGGGUGCACCCCGAGUCCACACUCUCGAGGGGGGUGCUGUCGGUGCUGUCCUUGACGUCCAUGAUUCCAAAGGACAAACUAAAGCCCGGAUCACACGGCAGUUGA